UCCCUCCACUUCCGGUAGCGUUCUUCCGGCUCCCGGUCCUCAAGGCGCGGCGUUCCGUGUCUCUCUCCGCGUCCCCCCUCCCGCCCGCCUGCUUAGGGUCAUGGCUGCCGCGACGCCUCUGUCUCCCGAAGACCUGCUGUUAGCCAAGAGCGGCUCUGGGAAGGCCGAGGAGCUGGAAGAGGAGAUCGAGGAGGAGGACGACGAGCUCGAUGAAACGCUAGCAGAAAGGCUUUGGGGCUUGACAGAGAUGUUCCCCGAGAGCAUCCGAUCUGCCGCUGGAGCUACUUUUGACGUCUCCCUUUCUGUCGCCCAGAAAAUGUACAGAUUCUCCAGGGCAGCUUUGUGGAUUGGGACGACGUCCUUCAUGAUCCUAGUUCUUCCUGUUGUUUUUGAAACGGAGAAAUUGCAGAUGGAGCAACAGCAGCAGAUGCAACAACGGCAGAUUUUAUUAGGACCCAAUACAGGGCUGUCUGGAGGAAUGCCAGGUGCUUUGCCUUCCCUCCCUGGAAAGAUUUAAUGAAACUAAACCUGCUGGAGUGAUUAUUAUUGAAGAAGUUCUGAAAUCUUAUAUUGGAACUGUUGUUGGAUUAGGCUUCGGCUUUUCUUUAAACCAUGGGACAUUUACCUAAUCUCAGUGGAAGCAGAAUCCUAAUCUGAAUCUCCUGAAAUGGUCUUUCUUCUCUUGGGGAUGGGGGGUAUUACUUUUUCAUCUAUCCAGUAAAUCGCUGUUAUAAGCAACUACAGAGACUUAAAGCUUCUGUUUUGGUAUCCCUAAUUCUAGGAAGCCACUCAGGACAUGUCAGAUGCUGGUCACUUUUAUUCAGUAAAACUAUCAGUGUAAAUAGGCUUGUGUCCCUCUCCUGCUGUAUCUAAGAUCUAUUUUAGAGCAGUAAGAGCAAGAAAUGGAGUAGCAGCACAUAGAAGAGUGCAAUGUACACUAAACUCUGUGGUGAGAGCUCCUGUUUGAAGCUGUAACCUACAAUAUGUUUCAAAAAUAAGAGAGAGGAAAAAUCAUUUUUGCUAACUUCCUGUGCUGAAUCUAUUAAUAUAAAAGUCAGCUAUGGCACUUUUUAAUUAAAUAGUUUCAGUGCAAA